AAUUAACCAACAGUUGUACUUAAAAAGAAAGGUUUUUAUUAAUGUCUCUGGCAUAAAAACUCAGAGAUUUGUUUGUCUUAUAUUCGAAAACAAUUUUGUUCAUAAUACCAGUGAAAAGGCAACAUGGCGAGUUCUUCGUGGAAUGCAGGAACUACAAUUGCUAUUAUCUUCUUCAUUUUGCAUCGAAAUUUCGUCCUAGCAAUUCCAACAGUCACUUUACUUCCAAGUGGAUGCGGUAGCUUGGGUGCAAAUCCAGGACAAAUUAUUCUAUCAGGAGGCGGUCUUAACUACACGGAUCCUGUGAAUUGUUCGCUCACAAUGACAGCUACAUCUUCUGCUCACCGAAUUAGAUUUGCUUUUAACACUGGCACCGGCGAUGUGGGGAUUGUAAACAACCCAAACCCAGGAAGUGGAAGUUGCCCUCAAGCUUCGGUUCAAAUAUUUGAUGGUCCUAGUGUAACUCAGAGUCCAAGAAGAACGUUUUGUGGCAAUUUGCUUUCAACAGAAACGCUGUCAACCGGCGACACCUUAACCCUGCUGGUUUUGAGUAAUGGAGGAAGCGGAACGAAUAUUAAUUUUACAGCUCAUUACACAUCAUUUACGGAAAGCGCAGACUGUGGCGCUGAUUUUCCCUGCAACAACGGUCGAUGUAUUUCUCCAACAAUGAAAUGUGACACAACUCUGAUCAACAAUUGUGGUGAUUUCUCUGACAAUUCGGAAGAUCCGCCAGCAAAUUGCACUGUUGAUGCUUUUACAACAUCACCAAUGGACACAACAGCCGAGCAAACGACCAGCACACCACCCAGUGAGAGUGACACAAGUGCAGUAAUAUAUGCAGCUGCAGUCAUCGGCGGAAUUUUCGGGCUUUACUUUCUUCACUGGUUACUUUUUAGGCCUGGAUGGCUGGUGUGGAGGAUGGGAUGUUUUAGACACCUUAGAUGUUGCAGAAGCUGCAAUGGCUCAGGAUCAUCUAAGAACAGCGUUGAUGCAGCAAAACCCCUGACAUCAAGCAUGAAUAACAUAAACUCAAAAAAAUCUGAUGGAAUGUACUCAGACUCUCCCACGUCCAAUCGCUCAGUGCCUAUCGAAAGCUCAGUUCAAACAUCUGAGAUCAACCACUCGUACUCUCCUUUUGUGGAAGGAAUUAAAAGAGAACAACACGUCUUCACACUUCCAGCUUGAGACAGAAUCACUUAUUAUUUUUUUUAUUUAUUUUUUAUUAUAAAGACAAACGUGAUUGAACUAAAUGACGUUAUCUGAAUAGUUUAAAUCAUUCACGUGUAUUACAUUAAAUUGAUUGUUAAAGUGUUCAUACCUUGCUCUGCCACAUCACUGGUAAGACUAGCAGUUAGCCCGAUAAAUAAUUGAGAAGAUGAAUAUUAAAGUUAACGCAUUGAGUGUCCACUGAACACUAAAUAAAAUAAAACAUUGUAUAUAUAAAAAUAACUGACAUAUUUUAUAAAAUAAUAUGAUAAGAUAUUUCAUUACCACGCCGGGGGAAAAGUUCGACGUCCAAGGCCAUACGAUUUUUUUAUGACAACAUUUGUGCAAACUACUUCUACUUCUGGAAGAAUUAAUGAUUUUUCAUGAGUGAUAUAAUUGACUGAUUGUACCAAUGCACAAUUUAAACGUUAUUUAAUAAUGGAUUUACUAUUGGAAGCGAAUAUUCUUUUAUUAUUAUUAUUAGUAAAUAAUUAUAUUCAAAAAAUUUCCUCAAUCAAAUAGUUUCCUCCAUGUUCUUGAGUGCUUUGCUUGCUUGCUUCCCAGUCUCGCUAAUUAUUACUAUUUAUUUAUUUAACCCUAAUCUUUUCACUGAACACCCAGGUUUCCCGUUUUUUAAUCACUUCAUCUGUACUUUGCUGACUUUUAUUGAUGGCUUGUGGCUGUUCUGCAUGCUGCUGGGCCUCUCUAUUUUCUAUCCAGUAUUCCCACGCCAUCUUUAUUUUCAUUGGCUGCUCGCCGCUGCUUCUCUUGCUUGCUCUCCUGCCCGCCGGCCCCUUAGCUUCUCUGAACACCGGACUUGCCUGAUUGCCCUUUCCAACAACUCGGUUAACCCCCCUCCCCCCCUCAUACCAGGUCUGAUGCUUAACUUAUGUCUAUACGCUUACCUGCGCCACCGCUACUGACAAGAAUCGGACGCAUAAAAAUUUUGCUUGAUUAACAAUGUCAAGUCUGGCAGCCCACCACGAGCCUAUAUGACGCGAAAAAUUUACAUUAUACUGUAUAGCGAAUGUAGAAUAUAACUAUGGAUUUCAUUGUUAUUUAUUUUAACCUCUUUGUAUUAAAGAAUGUUGAAUUCAAUAAAAAUAUGGGCCUUUCAGCGAUCUCCCUGAUGCUGAUUUAUCGUAGCAAGGUUGCUCUUUAUGCUUCUUUGGAUCGACCAAUCUGUGACGCGUCACCGCCUGCAAUCGAGUUUUGAGAAUCUAGUUUUUUUGCAUUAUUACUGAUUUGGAUAUCACGCGUACAACUGGUAUUAAAAGGCUCAAGUGUAUAUUUCUAUG